CGGGCGCCGGACCCCCAGGCGGAGCGACAGGUCUCGGACCCUCAGGCGGGAGUGGCGGGCGCCGGACCCCCAGGCGGAACGACAGGUCUCAGGCCCCCAGGCGGGGCGGCGGGCACCGAGUCACCAGGCACAACCGUGGGCUCCGAGUCAACUGGGAUGACCGCUGGCACUGGGUCAGACAUUGGAUCGUCUGGCUGGACAGCGGGCAUCGGGUCACCAGGCAUCAGGUCAUUUGGCUCGACAGCGGGCACCGCGUCAUCUGGCUGGACAGCGGGCACUGGGUCACCAGGCAUCAGGUCAUUUGGCUCGACAGCGGGCACCGCGUCAUCUGGCAAGGCAGUGGGCUCCGAGUCAACAGGCACGACAGUGAGCACCGGGUCAUCAGGUACCGGAUUGUCUGGCUCGACAGCGGGCAUCGGGUCACCAGGCAUCAGGUCAUUUGGCUCGACAGCGGGCACCGGAUCAGGUACCGGAUCAUCUGGAUCAACAGCGGGCAUCGAGUCAACUGGCCUAAUAGGAUCGUCAGGCUGGAUCAGCCGGCCGAGUAGAGGCUUCAGGCCGAGUAGAGGCAUCAGGCCGAGUAGAGGCAUCAGGCCAGGCCGAGUAGCCGAGGCAUCAGGCUGCGUACCGGCAUCAGGCUGAAGAGAGGCAUCAGGCUGGUCUGC